CGCCCCGCGCGCUCGCCAGCUGCUGUCCCGGGCCUGGCCCGCGAGCGGACGCCUGCUGGACUAGGGCACUGCCGGCCUCCUGGGCACGAGACUGGACGAGGGCGCUGGCCUCUGCCCGGGAGGCUUAGGAUCGCGGAGACGCCGGGACCCGUUGGGGCCUGCGAGUUGCUCGCUCUCGCCGGGCUUCUGCUUGCCCUCCUCCUCCUCCUCGGCGGGGCGAGGUCAGGUGCCCUCCUUCUCUCCUCCCUUCGCUCCCUCCCCCACCUCUGCCCGCGGGAGAUCCUGCCCGCCUCCUCCUGCAGGGGUGUAGCCGGCUGCGGAGCUGACAGCGGCCCCGCAGCCACCCUGGCCAAACUCUCCGGAAGCGGCCCGAGCUCAGGCCGCUGCAGCCCGGGAGGACCCACUUUGCACCGGAGGGGCUGGGCAUCUUCCCGCGCCCAAACUUGGAGUACUUGACCUUUGGCUGCCGGAGGAGGCAAGCCCGCAGGUGGCUGGACAGCUGCGGCGCCCGGAGGGCAUCUUGCCUGAGGACCUUCGUGCUCCCGGCUUUGCCUCUGGGAUCCCAAGGUGCCCACCUCAGGCGCAUGUUGACUGAGACCUAGAGUCAUGGAUGUGUGUGCCCGUCUUGUUCUGUGGCUCCUCUGGGGGUUCCUCCUGCAUCAGGGCCAGAGUCUUAGCCACAGUCAUAGCGAGAAGGCGACAGGAGCCGGCUCUGGGGCUACUUCGGAGGAGUCCACUGCGGCAGAGUUUUGCCGGAUUGACAAGCCCCUGUGCCACAGUGAGGAUGAGAAGCUCAGCUUUGAGGCAGUCCGCAACAUCCACAAGCUGAUGGAUGAUGAUGCCAAUGGUGAUGUGGAUGUAGAAGAAAGUGAUGAGUUCCUAAGGGAAGACCUCAAUUACCAUGAUCCAACAGUGAAACACAGCACCUUCCAUGGUGAGGAUAAGCUUAUCAGUGUGGAGGACCUGUGGAAGGCAUGGAAAUCCUCAGAAGUGUACAACUGGACUGUGGAUGAGGUGGUACAGUGGCUGAUUACGUAUGUGGAGCUGCCACAGUAUGAGGAGACCUUCCGGAAGCUGCAGCUCAGUGGCCAUGCCAUGCCAAGGCUAGCUGUAACCAACACCACUAUGACAGGGACUGUGCUGAAGAUGACAGACCGGAGCCAUCGGCAGAAGUUGCAGCUGAAGGCCUUGGACACAGUGCUUUUUGGACCUCCUCUCUUGACCCGCCACAAUCACCUCAAGGACUUCAUGCUGGUGGUGUCUAUUGUUAUUGGUGUGGGUGGCUGCUGGUUUGCCUAUAUCCAGAACCGUUACUCCAAAGAGCACAUGAAGAAGAUGAUGAAGGAUUUGGAAGGGUUACACCGAGCUGAGCAGAGUCUACAUGACCUUCAGGAAAGGCUGCACAAAGCCCAGGAGGAGCACCGCACAGUGGAAGUGGAGAAGGUCCAUUUGGAGAAGAAGCUGCGCGAUGAGAUCAACGUUGCUAAGCAGGAAGCUCAGCGAUUGAAGGAACUGCGGGAGGGUACUGAGAAUGAGCGGAGUCGCCAAAAAUAUGCUGAGGAAGAAUUGGAGCAGGUUCGGGAGGCCUUGAGGAAAGCAGAGAAGGAGCUGGAAUCACACAGCUCGUGGUAUGCUCCAGAGGCCCUGCAGAAGUGGCUGCAGCUGACACAUGAGGUGGAGGUGCAGUACUACAACAUCAAGAAGCAAAAUGCUGAGAAGCAGCUGCUGGUGGCCAAAGAGGGGGCUGAGAAAAUAAAAAAGAAGAGAAACACACUCUUUGGUACCUUCCAUGUGGCCCACAGCUCUUCCCUGGAUGAUGUGGAUCAUAAAAUUCUAACGGCCAAGCAAGCACUAAGUGAGGUGACAGCAGCACUCAGGGAACGCCUCCACCGCUGGCAGCAGAUUGAGAUCCUCUGUGGCUUCCAGAUUGUCAACAACCCUGGCAUCCACUCGCUGGUGACUGCUCUCAACAUAGACCCCAGUUGGAUGGGCAGCACGCGCCCCAACCCUGCCCAUUUCAUCAUGACAGACGAUGUGGAUGACAUGGAUGAGGAGAUUGUAUCACCCUUGUCCAUGCAGUAUGCUGCCUGGCUGAUGGGGCGUAGGUUCAGUGACCGCUCUCUCUGCUCUGCAUCCACCGGCUCGGAUGAUCAGUCCCUCUGGAAAUAUCCGGCCCCCAGUCUGCAGAGCAGUGUCCGGCAGCGCCUGAUGGAGCCACAGCAUGGCCUGGGAUCUCAGAGGGAUUUGACCCAUUCCGAUUCGGACUCUUCCCUCCAUACGAGUGACCGUCAGCGUAUGGCCCCCAAGCCUCCUCAGAUGGGCCGAGCUGCAGAUGAGGCUCUCAAUGCCAUGCCUUCCAAUGGCAGCCACCGGCUGAUUGAGGGGGUCCACCCAGGAUCUCUGGUGGAGAAACUGCCUGACAGCCCUGCCCUGGCCAAGAAGGCAUUACUGGCGCUGAACCAUGGGCUGGACAAGGCCCACAGCCUGGUGGAGCUGAGCCCUUCAGCCCCACCUGGUGGCUCCCCAACUUUGGAUUCUUCCCGUUCUCAUAGCCCCAGUCCCCCAGACCCAGACACACCAUCUCCAGUUGGGGACAGCCGAGCCCUGCAGGCCAGCCGAAACACACGCAUUCCUCACUUGGCUGGCAAGAAGGUCAUGGCUGAGGAUGAUAAUGGUUCUGUUGGUGAGGAGACAGACUCUAGCCCAGGCAGGAAGAAAUUUCCCCUCAAAAUCUUUAAAAAGCCUCUUAAGAAAUAGGCAGAACAGGAGUGGCAGUGGUGAGACAACUUGUCCUUCCUUGGGUCUUUUGCCUCCCCUUCCCUUACCACCUUUAAGGUAUCUGGCCCCUAGAGGGGGGAAUGUAGGGGCUAGCCCAGGGUCUGGGCACUGUACAUACCUGCCCCCCUCAUCCUUGGGUCCUUCAUUGUUAAUUUAUUAACUGAUCACCAUGGCCUGCCUGCCCUGCUUUCCUCCCAACCAUGGGCUGCCGCUGUCACUCCGCCUCCACUUCAGUGCAUGUCCUAGUUGCUGUUCCCUCAGCUCCCAGCUCCACCUCUGAGGUCCAGCUUCUGUCUCUGCUGUCCCAGUUUCGAAGUUUGGUUUUCUGUUUCUCUCUGUCUCCUGGUUUCAGGCUCUUCCCUCCUACACUCUCCAGCUUCCCCUAGCAGUUGUGGGAAGAUAGGAGGAAUAACUUCUGACACUUGUGCCUCAGGUUCUCUUCACUCCACCCACAGUGGUUCUGUUUGCCCCAGACUGGGGCCACAGGCCUAAUCUUUGGGGUUUGUUCUUUGGGAGUGUGAUGGGGUGGAAAGAACCUCAUCCUAGAGCUCACUCAGGCCUCCGUAGUCCCACGAGACAGUGAAACCAAUUCCCAGAGAGCAAGCCACCAGAGUUCUGAAGAGAGGCCACGCUUGGGAUGGAUCAGGAGAGACCUCUCUUAGUUGGACAUUGAGUGGAUGCCAGAGCCAUAGGCUAUAAGGCAGUCCCCUUUUCUCUCUUGUCCUGCCCACAUCUGCCUCCUUCUUACCCUUGCUCCCCCAUACUGCAGGAGUAUCUGUCUCUUAGAGGUGCUGCCCCAAAGCUCCCAAGUAUCAGUACUCCUAGGGCUCAGGACAGUCGGCUCCCCUGGCUAAGGGAGCUGUAGUUGUGAUAUAGGGCUCUUGUGGAGUCCUGGAGUCGUUGGGUAAGAAUGUUGUUUUAUUUGAACCAAAAGACAAAGCAGUUUAAAAGUGAAAAAAGAAAUCUCCUGAAUUUCCCAAGUGCCUGCACAGCAUAUUUCCCGCGUUGGACUCCAUUUUCAUAUUACUGCAUUGCCUGGGCCAAAGGCUUAAAAAAGGACAGAAUCGUUUUGGGGAAGGGGGUGGUGAAGGAAGAUGGUAUAUGAGAAGUCUGCUGUGUGACCACUCCCCCCCCCCCCCCCCCCGCCCAUCCUCUACACAACUCUCUCUCUCACCUGUUUUUGCUAUGGCUGUAAAGGUAUUUUCCCAGUGCUCCAUUCUGCCAUGCCUUUACCCUGGGAUCCUAUCUUGGGCCAGGGGUUGGUCUUAGGAGGGUGCUAGGCUGCAGACUGCCUUGUACCCUCUGGACACCCUCACAUGGGGUUUUCUGUGUUAUUUCAUAAGACUCUUUGAAGUCCAAUAAAGCAUGUAGGAGAUUUUAA